AAGGCAGAGGAGCCCCCAGCCUCCUUGCUGCCCCCCUGGUGUCCCGGCUUUGCAUAGUAGACCAUAUACACAUCUGAUCUGAACAAUUUUCACUCUUGUUCACUUAUGCUUGUGGGUAUUGUGACUCAGGUCAGGUCUUCAGGAUACGACAAAACAUGCAGCAGAAGAUGCAUGAACCAGUCAGAGGAACAUCACUGACCAUCCGCAUCAGGAUCCAUUGCAUUUACUCCAUUCUUCUUGCUGUUCUUUGGACACCUUGGACCACUGGCUCACAGACAGGCCGGUUCCCGAAACCCACCAUGGAGGUGGAGCCAAAGAUUGUGUCCUGGACCCAGUUGGCCACUGUGCGCUGUUCUGCUCAGAAAGGAUAUCGUUGUAACUUCUACACCAACGAGAGUCAUGUGCCCUUUAAGACGGUUCAGUUCAAGAGUUUGUCUGGGAUCUGUCAGGCUCAGGUGAUGUGGAAUGAGGUGUCCAUGAGUUCUCAUAAUGUGGUCAUUGUCAGCUGUGAUGUGGAGGUGAACGUAGAAAGUGGAAUUCCCCGCUCCCCCCGCAGUGAUGGUCAGAUCUUCCAGGUCAUUGACCUGACAAGCGAACUCCAUGUGGAUUCGAUGCGGGAUGCACGGCUGGGAGAUGUCGCCAGGCUUCGUUGCACGGCCAAGCAAGGGACACGCUGCCAGUUCAUCGCCGGCGUGGGGGAGGCCGUCCUGGACACAGUGUUAUUCAGACAUGGUGUCUGUCAGCUGUCUGUGCCCGGCCGGGAGCUGCUGCGGCACAGCCAGGGCGGGAUAGGUCCGGUGCCGGUCCGCUGUGUGGUGGAGUUGGAGCUGCGGGACGGUGCUCUUCGCACCUCUAAGCCGAGUGCGGCCAUCACCAUCGAGGUGCACGACUUUGAAGAGUAUACAACUCAGUUCACGGCAAGCUUGAAAUAUGAUGCAACUGAAGCCAGCACUUUUUCCGAUACAGUGAGCGUCACAGCACCAGCAAUAACUGUGGAUUCUCCGAAGGGCGUCCACAUGCUGCUCUGGUCAGUGAUUGGGGGUCUCUCUGCACUAUUCCUGAUGGGAGUCCUGAUCACGCUCCUCACACUCAAGCAAAACUUCAGCUGUUGUAAGAGGAAUCCACAGCAAGUCCCUGAUGCAGCAGACGCUUCUGCAGCCGAUUCCCAUAUGACUGGAUCUGACCUGCAAAAUUACAGGGGUUCAUCUCCACGGCUGGUGCAGGACCUAGAAAGCGACGUUUGCUAUGCUUCAGUACUGCAUCCCAAUAGCUCACAUUUCCCGCCUUCUGAACGUGUCACCAUGGAGACGCAAGAUGUCACAACAUGUUUAUAUGCCACUGUGAACAAACCAAGCAGGUGUACACCUGUAUACAGCACCGUGAGGGAACAAGGCGGAAUGAAGAGCACUGGGAUGUCAGGGAACCUCGGCAGUAGAGGUGUAGUGUGAUUGUUAUUGUGACAUUUUGUAAACAGGCCUUCGCCUAUAUGGACACACAUCAGUUUACUCAGCCUCAUUAGCAGUC